CAGGAAGGCGAGAAUAGACGAGGAGAGGAGAGGGGAGGGGAGGAGAGGCGAGGCGGGGGCGGGGCGAGGAUUGGAGGCGAUUUGGCCUUUGGCCCCAGGGCGUCGUCGUUGUCGUGGUGAGAGUGCGGGCGCCGAUGAAUGCCAGGGACGAAUGCUUGAGCGUUGCGGGUGCUGAUGAUGGUGGUGCUGUUGCGGGGUCAGCGCGGAUUGAUGAUGGUGGGGUUCGAUUAGGGUUUGAGGCGACUUCUGGUGAAGAAAAGAGUGGCAGGAUUCGGGAGAGGCCGUUGGUCUGGUGUUGAAUCUUGGUCGAGGCUUUGGGUGCUGGGGAGUCCGGGACUGGGCGCUCCGGCGCAAGCGAGGGGAUCGGGCGGAAUUGCGGUGUGGGUUUUGAAUUGGUCGCUUCGGCGAAUGGCGGACGACGGGGUUGCAGGUUGUGGCGAGGUGAGAGUGGAACUGUGGCGAGGGAGUGAUCGAUGAUGUCCGGAGCGGAGCCUCGCUCUUUGUCUUUGUCGAUGAUGGUGCCUGGUGACGACGCGAGGAAGUGGAGGAGAUGGGGUGCGAGUGCUGCAAUUGCUGCCUCUGUCGAGCCCGAGCGUCUUGUUUGAUCAAUUUGAGGCGCAAGCCCGAGGAUAGACUUUGUGUGUUAGAAGAACCCUGUCUCUCCGGGCCUGACGAUGAGGAGCUGGCCGUCCAUCUUCGCUCAAUUCGCUCGUUGCUUCCUCUGAAACACUAGUUGUCGUUUUUCGGGCAUGGAUUCAUUUUUGCAGGACAGACGAGUGGCCGUACUCAAACAUCGCGAGCGUUUCUACUAGCUCUGCUGAUCUGAGAAACGAAACUCUGUUGGUAUUGACUCCACCUCUUCAAGAAUAUGAGCUUGGCCUCCUUUAGCUGAGCGGAGCGCAGGUUUUUAAACCCCCAUAGAGGUCGUUAGAGAGAGUCGGGAGACAGUUUUAUGUAAAAGGAUGGGAGAUCCAGAAGCAUCUCCGAUGGAAGAAGACGAAUCAGGCGUGGAGGUCAGACACGCCUUCGAAUGCGACUUGGGUGUGUGUGGAGGGCGCUUCAACAUCGACCACACGCAUACGCCUGAAUGUUUAGCCUUCACCAGCGGAAGAGAAAAGGCGAGUACCAACAGCGCCCAAGGGGGAUUGUUAGCCGAAGGCCAGAAAGAGGCCGCCAGCCAUGGGGUGCUCGUCGUACGGGAAAGAGGCGACUGCAGUCGUGUGAAAUUGUGCAGUUCUAAAUUCCGAGCUGGAUCCAGAAGCUGUGUGCGCGAUGAUGAUGCGAGAAGUGGUUCGAGACGAGACAAACAGGAUCUCGGACGAUCCUUUCAGUUAGCCGUGAGUGCUCACGAUUGGUUGCUGGCGGAGAGUUUCAUUCCGUUAGCUGAUUCACAGCGCUUGAACGACGGGUUGUGCAUCGCACUGGAUUCCGUCUGGUUCUUGAGUACCACUCAGGAGCUGGCGGCGGCCACCAGGUUGAUCGAAAGGCUGAUUUCAGCCGGCGCUUCGGACUUCACGAGGGCAGCACUCAGGACUUCCUUCUUGGCCUCGUGCGUCUCAGCCUGUAGAAGUCGAACCAUGAGUCUCGCCGACACCGUCACCGUGAUGGCGCAAAGGUUGCGUGAGAGGCUGCAAGAAUGCAACGGCGACGAAGUUUUGAAAGCUGAAGCAGCCGCUAAGGUACAGAGAUUUACGGAGUGGGCCUUGAAGUGCAUAGGCUCACACUCACGAGGACGAAUUAAGGGUGAAGGGGAGAGCAGUAACGCCGUUGUGCAGAGCUCGGCUCUUGAAUCGCGUCUCCAACUGAUGGCUUUUAAACGGUUUCUUGACCUUGCCGGAAAUCGCUUGACCAGCAAGGAUUAUACAGAGGCCUUUGAUGCCGCCUGUUUUCCGUUGACUUUGUUCUCCAGUGCAAUUGAUCCAGGAUGGGCCACGGGUAUAGCAGCUAGUGCGAUGCAGGGCUUGUUGGGAUUGCUGGUGGAGGGAGGUGCGGACAAUGUAAAUCAGUGUUUUCUAGAAGCAGCUCGGUUUGGCAGCACAGAGCUUGUGCGAAUUCUUUUGCAGAUCGCCCAGAGCAAUACAAUGGAGCUAGACGUGGACUUGGCGUUGGGUUUUGCUUCCCACUACUGCAAGAUUGGUACCAUGGAUUGUUUAGUAGACGAUGGGAACGCGGAAGCUUUCCUUGGACCGUUGAUGAGAGCUGCAGAACGCGGUUGCAUGGAAGUCGUGCACUGGUUUGUACGGAGGGGAUGCAGAGAUAUGGAACUGUGCUUAGCUUUGACCGCUGCAGCUUCAAGUAGUCGAGUUGACAUCGCCGAGUAUCUUUUGAGUCAUGUGCCCCGGCAUGUUCUCCAGACCCUCAGCGCGGAGAUCCUUAAAGCAGCGGGAGAGCGAAGCGGAGGAUCGCUGAAAGGGAUUGCGUUUCUUUUGCAGGCGGACUUUUUGAAUAGUCCUGAGGCUACAUACAGAAUUGCAGAUGGUAUCGCUAAAUCAGAAGACGAAGCUGUUACACCUGAGCUGCGUUCAUUUUUGCAAGAGGAAUGGUCAGAGGAGGCUUUUCUGAGGGGUAGAAUGCUGGGACAAGCACAUCAUCUAAACGUGAUGCGGGCCCUGAAGAGGGGUUGCUCACCUCUGCACUUGCAAGAACUUCCCUUGCAACUCCAGGUCACAGUGGCCUACUUGCCCUUAUACAAGGAAUGCUCAUCAGCUAAGGGAGUCAUCCUGUCUCAGUGGCUUAGAGGGCAACUUGUAGAGGCUGCUGUGCGUUUGUCAUCGCGGAUGUUUUCAGAAGAAUCACUCAUUAAGGCAAGCAAAAUAAGCUUGCUUUCUAUACUAGAGUCACGGCUGCCUGGGUUUUUACUAGACCCUCCUUGUGUAAAUUCACCUCUUAGCUAAAAAUCCUCCCUCUGUACCUUAUCUCUUAGCCGUUCUCGAAUAGAGUGACUUUGAUGGGUUUCUUCUCAACUGUGACGAAUAUCAUGGUUCAGGUGUGAAUGCUGGGCAUUCAGGUUGGUAGGACAAAUAACUUGAGCCACUACAAUGACUAGUGGCGUUUGAAGAUUAUGUUACCCAUUACAUACCUUUGAUAGGUACAGUUUGAUCUCCCUUGUAGCAUUGACACCCCAUAACCUGUGAAGUACACUUUGUUGUAUUGAAGGAUGGGGCGUUUAGGGUGUGUCCGGAAAAAAAUGCUCCCACAGGAGGAACACAAGUCCCCAUCACAUUUUGGACUUUCAUGGCUCGCGUGAGUUUCACAAAAAUAGCCAUUUAGUAUGCUGCCCACUUUGGGUCUAGCAUGUCAUCAGUAUCGUAGAGGUAUCAAUCUGUGUGGACAAGCCUAUACUGGCAUCCAUCGCAUAGCAGACGGAGGUGUUCUAGAGGUUACCUAGGCCGGACAUGACAACCGCCUCUCGCCAAGUGGUUUGGAUUUGACUGAGAAGUGACUUCAAAUUUUGUUCAUGACAUUCUUUUUAGGUUAGGUGUACGUAAAUAUCAAGCACGUCCUGCCUUUGGUACUCAAGAAGCUUUCGUCUAGUCCUUCGAAACUUGUUUAUACUCAUUUGAAUGUUUCAUAAGAAGAGAUCGGUAUCUUACGAUUUCCUUUCUGGUCG